AUGUCCCAAAUUGUUUCCAAAUUGCAUCCAAAUUGUGUCCUUGUUCUUGGUUACUCUUGUGCGAAGUUUGGUGAACAAUUUUUGGAUUUUAUGCGGCAUUCCUCAAACUACUCAAACCAGCAAAGUAAGGAGUUUUGGAACACGCGAAGAGCAAUAGAACAAGCCCAUCCAACCGCCGACUACACCAUGAUGUUCAAUGCUAUGAAAUCCGAACUUAAGCGGAUUAGUGAACAACAAAUGGAGGAAAUGCACAACCGUUUUGAUGAGCUUUCCAAGAGCUUCACGAGAGGCUCUCGAUCUAGAUCUCACAACAGAAAUCAUAACGGUUCCAAAAGGGCAAACUAUGAGGACUAUUCGGCAAAUGAGGAUGAAGAGAGAGCCGAGAGGUCUAAGAGGGACAUUUCUAAGGAGGUGCUUGGGGGACUUAAAAUCAAAGUUCCUACCUUCCAAGGAAAAAGUGACCUUGAGGCUUACUUGGAAUGGGAAGGUCGAAUUGAGACGGUCUUCGAUUGCUAUGAUUAUAGCGGGGAACAAAAUGUGAAGGUUGCCACUGUUGAGUUCACCGAAUAUGCACUCAUUUGGUGGGAUCAAGAAAGGACUAGUAGGAGACGAAAUGGUGAACCGCAAGUCCGAACUUGGCGUGAACUCGAGGCAAUGAUGCGCAAAAGGUUCGUUCCAAGUUAUUACAAUCGAGAUCUCCACUUAAAACUGCAAACCCUCACUCAAGGCAACAUGAAUGUGGAGGAUUAUUACAAGGAGAUCGAAAUGGCCAUGAUGAGGGUUAAUAUCCAAGAAGACCAUGAGGCCACCAUGGCAUGGUUUCUCAGAGGUUUAAACUCUGACCUUCAAGAGGCCUUAGAACUUCAACACUAUGUAGAUAUAAGCGACCUACUUGAAUUGGCCAUCAAGGCCGAAAGAGGAAAGAAAUUGAGGAGAGGUGGCCGACCAUACCCCACCUCAAAUCCGAAUGUUUGGAAAGGAGGACAGUCGAGAAGGACAUCCCAUGAAGCUGGACAUUCGGCCACACCACCCACUUCUAGCCAAACACAAGGUAACUUCCCUAACCGAAAUUCUAAUUCUACCCCUAACAAGUUUGUCGAUCCAUCUAGGUCCACUGCAAGGCCUACUCAAGAAACUCCUAAGCCUAGGAGUGGGGACAUUAAGUGCUUCAAAUGUCAAGGAUUCGGACAUAUUCAAUCUCAAUGUCCGAAUCAAAGGGUCAUGCUUAUCACUUACAACGGAAACAUCGUGUCGGAUGAUGACGAUUGUGAGGAGAUGCCGGAUUUGACCAAGAAGGAGGGUGAACUUGACUCGACCGAGGAAGAAUGUUCACCAACCCAAGGUGAAAUUGGUUGUCUGGUUGCACGAAGAGUGCUAACCGCCAGAGUCAAAGAAGAUGAGCAAUUGCAACGAGAGAACUUGUUUUACACUCAAUGUAAAGUAAGUGACAAAGUGUGCAAUCUCAUCAUUGAUGGUGGAAACUGCACCAAUGUAGCAGGUUUGCUAAUGGUGGAGAGCCUGGGGCUUCCUAUGACUAGACAUCCACACCCAUACCGACUACAAUGGCUAAGUGAAGAUGGAGAAGUGUGUGUCUACAAGCAGGUGCUUAAGAGGAUCUUGAAGAGAAUAUCGGAGCGAACAACUAAAGACCUUAUUUGCACUUACUCAUUUGUUUUGAAUUGUGUUGAUGAACUCGACAAGGCAUUGCCUUCGAGUGUAGUUGCAUUAUUGUUGCAGGAAUUUGAGAACGUGUUCCCUGAUGAGGUCCCUGAUGGUUUACCACCCAUCCGAGGGAUCGAGCACCAAAUCGACCUCAUUCCUGGAGCACCAUUACCCGAUAAACCCGCCUACCGAAUGGGUCCGGAGGAAACUAAGGAACUCCAAAGGCAAGUUGAUGGCCUCCUAGGCUAUGUUGUUAGCUCGCAGGGCAUCAAAGUAGACGAAUCUAAAAUCGAAGCCAUUAAACACUGGCCAAUGCCAAAGUCAGUUGCGAAUGUACGAAGUUUUCACGGUUUGGCUGCCUUCUACCGACUUUUUGUCAAAGACUUCAGUACCAUUGCUGCACCAUUGACUGCAGUGACGAAGAAAAAUGAUAAAUUCCAUUAG